AAAACUUUACGAUUUCCGCGUCAAUGAUUGCUUGAUGCGUCUUGGAUGCGUCAGUGGUGUGAGCGGCGACCCCCAAAUGGGUGGCGGAAAGCUUAACUUUAGUAGUUCAUAGUUUGUUCAGAAACAGAAUUCAUCAACGAAAUCAAUAACCUAUUUCUUUAUCUGCAUCCAUGUCGACUAGGCGGAGAAUUGGCGUCAGCAUCGCAACAACGGAGGCUGCAAGACGCCAACUCAUGCAGCCAGUUGUUUGCUGGGAGAAAGCAUGGACCGUCCCAGAAAAUGCCGCUCCAAAUUCUUCUAUGAAGAUCUACAAGUGGGUGAAGACAGACAAAAAACAACAAUUUAGUGACGAUGAAGGAGAGGUGGACGAACCACUAGCGCCUCUUCCUGACGAACCUGAGGUAGUGGAAGGAGACGAAGAGAUGGACCAGGAUGAGCCAGUUGCCUCUGUAGCUCCUGAUGCAGAAGUACCUGUGGUGGACACGGAGACAAACUCAGUUAAUCAGGAAAUUCCGUCAGAACCCCAAACCAAACCAUCCUCGCCAUCACCUCCUGCACUUUCGCUCCACGCUACCGAACCUAUAUUAGUCACAGAGGAGGUCGCAGAUAUGUUGGACGAGUCACUCAAAUCUCUCGAUGGCAACGUGGAUAUCGAAAUCGGUGUACACGAGAAUGUCAAUCCUGAAGACGUCGGAGACCUGGACAUGACAGUGCUCGGACCUGCAUUUGAGGGCGUUCAUGACCUCAGUCAACUGGAAGACGGCGACGCAUUAUUGGAUGGGCCUCUCAUGGACCACACUAUUGACCCAUUCUCCGUAAACCUGAAUAAUGAUGAGUCUGCGGAGGGAGCACUGGCAGCUCCAUGAUCCUCACUCUGAUUGCACCAGUUGUUGCCGCUCGUGUGCCAACUGCUAGCCGUUUCUUGCCACGACAAUAGGAGACGUAGUCGGUUGUUCUCGACGCCGAA